UCCUUUGCCCUAGCGAGCAGCCUCAGCCCAAAUAUGAUCCCACCCUCUCCCAAUCUGGAAUACUAGCGGUGAAUCCCCAUUCUCCGGCGAGCCGCGGCGAGACUCCGGCACGACCGCUGCUUCUUGCAGCAUCGAUCUCCCCGCCCCGCCGCCUCACCUGCGUAGUCUGGCCGACCGCACUCGCCGACGACUGGAAGCAACCAUUACGCGAUGCAACCUGGAUCUCAACGCCGUCCGUUCCGCCACCCUGGAUUCCCCUCCCCCUAGCUUCCGCACUAAGGAUGGACACGCUGAUAUUCUUGAUUUGCCCUGGAUUAUCUCACGAGUUAGCAUCUGUCUCAGCUUCUCACGGCGUCUGAUAGGUCCCUUAAGAUGCGAUCAUUGGAAAAACUUAUAGUGAUUUUAUCGUUUGCACAUAACUUGAUAGCAGUAUCCAUGCCAAAUCUGUUCUUUCAUAUACACAACCGUGUCAUUGUCACAUAUGUUUCAAGGGCCGCUUGUUUACUAAUUCAAGCAUCGAUCGGGAUCAACACAAAAAUGUUACUAGCACUUGUCAGUCGCACCAAGGAUGGAUACGGUGAUAUUCUUGAUUUACCCUGGCUUAUCUCACAAGUUAGCACUUGUCUCCGCUUUUCACGGUGUCUAAUAGGUACAUAGGAUCAUAUAUCCUGAAGGUGCAUUCCGUUCCCUUUUUACCAUAUCACAUUUUGUUUCAACACGUAUUGUAGCAACGCGUGUAUUAUAUUAUUAUUAUUGCUUACUUGUUGUGAAAUGGAUGGCGAAAUUGGAAAAACUUAUAGUGAUUUUAUUAUCUGCAACUUUGCAUAUAAUUACUUAAUUACAGAGAAGUAUCCCCAUGCGACGGUGAAUCUGUGUGGCCCCACUCAGCAUAGGUCAUAAGCCCAUACUGAAAUAUGCUUCACAACUUUUCUCAUUUGCAAAUUCUUGUGUAAACUGCAAAAGCAUUGUUAGAAGGAGACCAACAAAAAAAAAAUCAUGGUUUUUAGUGUGAGUAUUGGAUAAUAUUUCAGUUCAUUUGACAUCCAUAUUUCGAGCAUGGAGUCGACGGUUACCAUUUAUCAAGUGCCGGUCUCAGCUUCAAUCCAUUAAUUCGCUCAGCUCUGUUCAAUCGUUAAAUAAUGGGUAUCACUACUUCUUGCAGUUCUGCACAAACACUAAGUUUCUCAGUUUUAUAUCAUCUAUUUUCUUCUUUUUUGACGUAGAUAUAAGUUCAUCUGCUAGAUAAGCUCAAAGGAGAUAUUGAAUAUCGGUAGGAGAUGGCCACAACCAUACUACCUGAUGACCUGGUGGUGGAGAUCCUGUCUCGGCUGCCGCUGAAGUCCUUUUGCCGUUUCAGAUGUGUCUGCAAGUCUUGGCUUGCCUUCUCAUCUGAUCCGCACUACCGCAAGAAGCUCCCAGGAACUCCCUCCGGUCUCCUGUACCAAAAAAAUGAGCAUGGCAAUGCCAUCCAUCUCGUGGGCCUUCCCUCAGGUGACAGGGAUAUUGACACAACACUUAGCUUUGUGCCAUGCUAUGAGCAUCCCUUGGAGCUUAAGGGUUGCAGCAAUGGCCUGCUUCUGUGUUAUCAUGGUGGUACAGGCUCUAAAGAAAUUUCCGACGCCAUUGUGUGCAAUCCAGCAACUCAAGAGUGGAUGGCACUUCCAAAUACUGAACCUGGACCAGCCGUCUCUUAUGCUGAUCUCAAGUUGUGUUUUGAUCCAUUAUGGUCUCAACACUUCUAUGUCUUCCAAUUUGAGACGACUCCAAAUGGUGGAUAUGACACCGACGUUAAGGUAUUUUUCUCUGAGGAUUCGACAUGGUCUAAUUGUCUAUGGGAAACUUCAGAUAUACUUGGUGGUGAUUCACUCUUCUUAAAAGGGGUGUUGUAUGUGGAUCACUUAUGGGGGCAUUACCUUCUGGCACUCGAUGCACCUGACACAUGCACACAGUUGCUCAAUCAUAGGAUCCUUCAGCUGCCUGGAUUUCCGAAUGGACCAGAACAGAGGUUUUAUUGCUUUGAUGGCUGUCUUUGCCAGUCGUCUGGGGUCUUAUGCUACGCACAACAAGAAUUGGAUGGUUGCAUCAUUCGAAUUUGGAGUUUUGAAGGAUCUGAUAGGUGGGUGGUGAAGCAUCGUCUAAAUAUGAACAACGUAUUUGGGAGGGACAUAAUGCUCCAUACUAAUAAUGAAGGAUUAUGGUACUUUGAUUAUGAAAUCCUGGCAUUUGACUUGGAGAGAGAGCUAGUUUUCCUUGCUGACACAAUUGCUGAUAAUAAGAUCAUCUCAUAUAGCAUCAGUACUGGAAAGGGCUCGCAGAUUCUAAACAUUCCAAGGUUCGCUGACCUAUAUCGAAGUCGACUCUACGUGCCGUACUAUGGCAAGUUUCCAGCUUGUGUGCUUCAAGGAGCUCAAGACAAAUGUUAGAAUAUUUACCCUAUGAAUGCUUUAAUCUCUAGUUAUCUUUUGUGCACUAGCUGUACCAACGGUUGUUAUGCAUGUAGCGGAUUGUUGGCUUCGUUAUGUAUCAUGUUCAUCUAAUUUGCACUUGUCAUUUCUCUUGUC